UGGCACUCCCUCACUCAAGAACAAGCUGAAGCUGUGAGCUACGGGCGCUGUGGAGGGUCAAAUCUCGCUGGCUGAUGUGUGCGGAAGUGCUGCUCCAUCUGAUAUUAACAGCUGGAGACGCUUCGUUUCAGGAUCGUAGAGGGUAAUUACAGGACCAAAAGCUUACAGAGAUGGACGGUAAUUUGACGCUGAAUUUGGCCAACUUCAGCACUCUCUUCGUGUGUAUGGUGCUGAAGUUCCCGCAGAUAUUCGUUCUGAUGCGGGCCAGAGCGACCGCUGGAGUCAGUCUGAACAGUCUGCUGCUGGAGCUAGUCGGGUUUCUAGUGUUUAUGUCCUAUCAGAUGUACUAUGACUACCCACCCCUCACAUACCUGGAGUAUCCCAUCCUCAUCGCACAAGAUGUCAUUGUGCUCCUGUUGAUCCUGCACUACAAUAGAAACCUGAAGCACAGCCUCAUAUAUGCAGCACUGUUUGUGGGUGGAUGGCAGCUGCUUACAGUACAGAAGUGGGUGAUAGAUCUGGCCAUGAGUCUGUGCACAUUCAUUAGCGCCAGCAGUAAACUGGCACAGCUUCAGUGUCUGUGGCGCUCAAAGGACUCUAGGCAGGUCAGCAGUCUCACCUGGGGUCUGGCCACAUACACAUGCCUGGCACGGAUCUUCACCACCGUCGUCACCACAGGAGACACACAAGUCCUCAUUCGGUUUGUCGUCAUGACCGUUCUGAACAUGUGGGUCACGGUUACAGUGAUCUACUACAAACCACAUGCAGUAAAACAGGAUUAAGACUUCACACUUUCUGUUGCAUACAGUGUAUUCUCUAGAUGUGGGGUUGGAGUUUUUUAAAGAAAUGAACCGGAUUCAGGUCAGUUGCUAUUGGAUGUAGCACUUUCUAUAUUGCAGUGUAAAAGAUGUUGAGAUUUACUGACUGCAACCAAAACCCUUUUUAUCAUAAUGCUUUCCAUAUGAUUUAAUUAGUGCUUGCAAGGCACCAUUCAUAUUUUUUUGCAGAGAAUUUUAAUAUAAGGUGUGCUAAUCUAUUUUUUUCUUGUAAAUUUAGUACUUAAGAAAUGUAUUACAUUUAAAAAUCUUCAAUUCUAAAUGCAACAGUGAUAAUUUUUGCAUCGUCUUGUCUUCCUUGCAUCUAACCAUUUUUAUCCACCUUGACAUAUCUUAAACUUUAAAAUUUUCUACACGUUUAUUUUGCUGCCUUGCAAGCACUGGUGUUUUCUUCAGGACAUGCGAAUCUAGUAUGUUUUGAGAUGUGGGACAGAGUAGUUUUCUGCUCUCAAUUGCUUUGAAUCUCAGACGUGAAUGUUGUGGAACCCAAAUUGAUGAUGAAUAUCAUUUGUCACAUCAGAAGUUUGACCAAAGUGUUAUGAAACAGUACAUACAUUCCUAGUAUCCUCCCCUCAUUCUUACAUUGUUCCUUAUAAUUCCAGUGAGGUUGUUUCAAGUUCCUGCAUUUGUACAUGUUACAGAUAUACUGUUAUGGUUUUUAAGUUAGUAGUUUGGUAGUUUUCAAUUUUCAGCUAAAGAACUGUUCAAAUUGAUUUAAUGAUAUCAGGCUGCUGAUCAGACUGUUUAUUGUAGUUCACACAGGGAUGAUGUUUACAUAUGCUGAAAUAUGCACUGUUUUAUAUUGAACUGUAUCAUAUGCUGAUAUAAUGAAGGCAGGGUUUUCUGAACUGGAUACCUUUCAUAUAUUACUGAUGUUGUGUUAAGCUUAUUCACUUUAUAUUACUGAAGAAAAAACAAACAGUAGGACUCUUCUGAAGUCACUCAGAUCAAGCAAUGUUCAAGUACAAGAUUAUUAGAAAAUGUUCAUGAAGAUUUCAAUGAUUUUUAGGUCUAUAAAGCACAACUGUCUCUUUCCUAAGUACUUUAAUAGAUCUUUUGGAUUUUAUAAAUCAAUAAACAUUCCUUUUGUGUGGAA